GUGGCACGACCCACCAAUGCCCUCUGAGUCCCGGAAAUCCGCGGCUCCUGCGAGGAUUGGUCGGGUCGCCGCGGGUCCCGCCCGUCGCGCCCCUAGUAGCUGUGCAGGUCCACCUGCCGCUGCGGGCUUCGGGAAACGCCGCGGCAAGGCAGGGCGGAAUCCGGCUGAGGCCGCGACAACGGGGGCAGACAGGGUCGCCGUACCGCAUAGGCCCGGAGCAAUGACCACGCCCAAGGACCUCAGUCGGGGAGAGAGCCAGGGGGCUUCGGAAUUCGCGCCCCAACAACUGCAGCUCCCGGAGCUGAUCCGCAGGAAGCGAGACGGCGGCCGCCUGAGCGAGGAUGACAUCAAGGGCUUCGUGCGCGCGGUGGUGGAGCAGAGCGUGCAGGAAGCGCAGAUUGGGGCCAUGCUGAUGGCCAUCCGACUGCAGGGAAUGGAUCUGGAGGAGACCUUGGCGCUGACCCUGGCCCUGGCCCAGUCCGGGAAGCAGCUGGAGUGGCCAGAGGCCUGGCGCCAGCAGCUGGUGGACAAACACUCCACGGGGGGCGUGGGUGACAAGGUCAGCCUGGUCCUAGCACCUGCUCUGGCUGCCUGUGGCUGCAAGGUGCCCAUGAUCAGCGGACGUGGCCUGGGACACACGGGGGGCACCUUGGACAAGCUGGAAUCGAUUCCCGGAUUCAGGGUCACCCAGGGCCCAGAACAGAUGCGGGGUCUGCUGGAAGGAGCCGGUUGCUGCAUCGUGGGCCAGAGCAAGGAGCUGGUUCCUGCUGAUGGGAUCCUGUAUGCUGUCAGAGAUGUGACGGCCACCGUGGACAGCCUGCCCCUCGUCACAGCCUCCAUCCUCAGUAAGAAGGCAGUGGAGGGACUGUCCACCCUGGUGAUAGAUGUCAAGUUUGGUGAGGCUGCUAUCUUCCCCAGCCAGGAGCAGGCCCGGGAGCUGGCCCGAGCGCUGGUGGGUGUGGGGACCGGUCUGGGGCUCCGGGUGGCCGCGGCACUGACUGCCAUGGACAGCCCCUUGGGCCGCAGCGUGGGCCACAGCUUGGAGGUGGAGGAGGUGUUGCUCUGCCUGGACGGUUCAGGGCCGCCAGACCUGCGAGACCUGGUCACCCGGCUAGGAGGCACGUUGCUCUGGCUCAGUGGACAGGCCAAGGCCCAGGAUGAGGGCGCCGCACGGGUGGCCGCGGCGCUGGACGACGGCUCGGCCCGGGACCGCUUCGAGUGGAUGCUCGCGGGGCAGGGGGUGGACCCGCGCCUGGCCCGGGCCCUGUGCUCCGGAAGCCCCGCGCAGCGCCGGCAGCUGCUGCCCCGCGCCCGGCACCAGGAGGAGCUGCUGGCGCCCGCAGACGGCACCGUGGAGCUCGUGCGGGCACUGCCGCUGGCGCGGGUGCUGCACCAGCUCGGGGCCGGACGCAGCCGCGCGGGGCAGCCGCUCCAACUCGGGGUGGGCGCCGAGCUGCUGGUCGCCGUGGGACAGCGGCUGGGCCGCGGCACGCCCUGGCUCCGCGUGCACCUGGACCAGCCCGCGCUCAGCCCCGCGCAGCACAGGGCCCUGCAGGAGGCGCUCGUGCUCUCGGACCGCGCGCCCUUCGCUGCCCCCUCGCCCUUCGCCGAGCUGGUCCUGCCGCCGCCCGCCGCGGAUCCCCGUCCGUAG